CCUCCUGUCCCUGACUUCCGGACACUUUCGCUCCUGACGUCGUGUUUCUCCCUCCGGACUCAAAGUUGUUAAAAAGUAAAAGUUUGCUUGUGGAGUGUGAAGCCGCGAACAUGGCGCAGGUGAACAGCUGCCUGAAACGCAUCUUCAUCGCGUUUAACCUCUUCUUCGCGAUCGUGGGUGGGGUCAUAAUCGGCCUUGCCAUGCUGUCUCAGGUCUUCACCAACGUGAAUCAGGAACAAAUGAUGGAGAACCGGACCUCUGGCCUCAUCCUCCUCUAUGUGAUUGGAGCCAGCACGAUGUUGAUCGCCCUCCUGGGAGCUUACGGAGCUUUCAAGGAGAACAAAGUGUGUCUGGUUGUGUUUCUGGUGUUCAUGGUCAUUGGAGCGUUGCUGAUGAUCCGGAUCGGAGUCCCAGCUGCUUUUCUCCGACCACAGCUGGAGGGCGAGCUCUUCGGGCGCUUCUCCAAAGCCCUGCCUCUGAACACGGCAUCCGAUGAGGUGAAGCUCCUGGCGGACAGUCUGCAGACACAGCUGCACUGCUGCGGCCUGGUAAGCUACAGAGACUGGAAUGAUGCCAUCCCCGACUCCUGCUCGUGCGUUCCUACGGAGAAGGACGAGUGCCAGCUGGUCAGCUACAGGAGAUCUAUGACCUUUUACUCGUACCUAGACGAACAGAACAGGAAGUCCGUCUACACGCAGACCUGCUUCCCCGUCAUCAUGCACUACGUCUUCAUGGGCUUUGACUUUGUGAUUGGAGUGGUCUUCACCCUGGCUGGCCUGGCGGUUGUCGGUCUGAUUCUGUCUUCCAUCAUGAUCCAUCAGCUGCGUCGCCCCGCAAGAACCACCAUCCUGUUCAGCAUUCCCACCACCUUCACCCCAGGACUACCCAAGUAUCAGGAGCUGCAGAACCCUCCUCCAAAGUACGAGGAGCUGCAGAACCCUACUCCGAAGUACGAGGAGCUGCAGAACCCUCCUCCGUACUAGAGGAGCGGCGCCUCCUGGUGUGGUUUACAGCUCGUUGUACAAAGAGUUGAGCUUUUGUUUCAGGACUGCAUCCAAAGUGUUUCUGUCACCAAAAGGACCACUAGCAUUGAUGUACUGCUGCAAUAAACGUUUUCAGAGAAUAUUUGUUUUUAGACUUAAAAAUAGCAUUCUUACAUCUUUUUAUUGUUUCGUCUUCACAAUAAUCCAAAAAGCACCUUGUUGCCUGCUAAAGUUAACUAAAGAGUCGACGUUAAAGGGAAAUCGAAAGUCUGGUUUUUUAUUCUGUGUUUAUAUGUGUUUGGUGGCUUUCUAGUUCAGGUCAGUCAACAUUUGGAUCAUAACGUAUAAAACGGGAGAUUUUGACCCCAAAGCACUUUAAAACAUUUCUGCUGAUUCAGUAAAACAGCAGAGACCUGGAGUGAAGCCAGAAGUGCCUUAAAUGUUUUCAGAGGAAGAAUUUUCUGUUGGAUCAGAUUUAAACCCGCUAGUUGUUAAAGCAGUUUGCGUCACACAUUUGUUCACUUUUAUAAACAACCUGUCUGAGAUCCUUCUGUUGCUGCGGCGUUGGACUUGAUUCUGUACGAUGGUUGGCCUGCUGCUGUGAGAUCCAGAUGUUUGAUUAAAUAAAGAUGAUGAAUGUUGGUGUUAGCUUGUGUCUGAAACAGUGAAUUCUGCAUUUGAUCUGAAUCUUCUGACUUUCCAAAUAAAAGGACUUUGAAAAAGA